AUGUCCCGGCUUCUAUUUCUUCUCCUCAAUGUCGCGCUCCUGGUUUUGAGCGUCGCAGCCUCGGAUUACUCUGAGCGAUUGACUCUCACUCCUUUACCCCUCGGUUCUCUCCUCGCUUCAUUUGACUUCCGCAGCAACGAAAGUGCCCUCGAUUAUGAAUCCCAGAACUUCAGAUACUUCCCCCGCUCUCUGGGCCAGGCGCUCAGGCAUGCCGACACACAAGAACUACAUCUAAGGUUCACCACCGGGCGCUGGGACCCGGAGCUUUGGGGUGCGCGUCCCUGGGAUGGCACCAAAGAAGGGGGAACUGGGGUGGAGUUAUGGGCAUGGAUCGAUGCGGAUUCUGAGGAAGAUGCAUUUGCAAAGUGGACAACCUUGACCCAAUCGCUCUCGGGCCUGUUCUGUGCCUCGUUGAAUUUCAUUGAUUCAACAAGGACCACCAAACCUGUCUUGUCCUUCCAGCCUUCUGGGACAUUUCAGAACAGCAGCCAAAAUCUUCACCUUUUGCAUGGAGUCCUUCCUGGAGAAGUGGUGUGCACAGAAAAUCUGACGCCCUUCCUGAAACUCCUGCCGUGCAAGGGCAAGGCUGGGAUUUCAAGCCUUCUGGAUGGACACAAGGUUUUCGACGCUUCAUGGCAGAGCAUGGCCAUAGAUGUGCGGCCAAAAUGUUCUUCUGGGGUUGCCGAAUGCCAGAUUGAAAUCAGCCAAACUAUUGAUAUUGUCCUCGAUAUUGAACGAUCCAAACGACCACGAGAUAAUCCGAUCCCGAGACCAAUCCCUCCUGAACAGCUUGUUUGCGACGAGUCUAAGUCUUACCAUUCACACGAUACUUGCUAUCCUCGCGACAUGGUGGAUGAACUGUCAUGGUCUCUCAAGGAUGUCUUUGGAAGGACGAUGGCAGGGACGUGUCCCCUGGCAGACGACGAAGGCCCUGAUCCGAAACCCUUGUGCCUGAAUGUCCCGCAUGAUCGAAUGGUAUUGGUUAGUCACAGUGGGUUUGAGGUCAAAUCUGAGCCUGGCCCUACCGAAUCAAGGUGUUAUGCGAUAAUGCCAUUCGAAGAAUUUGAUCUUGAAUUACCUCAACAACAAUCUACCACCAGGAAGCACGACCUGGGCCAUGAACUUCUCCGAGCAGAAAGAACCAUGACUGGCCAUGGUGCUGCUCACGGAGGCAUGCGUACUAUCAUCACAAACCCGUCCUCGACUGAGCCCGUCCAAUUCGUCUACUUUGAGAGUCUACCCUGGUUCAUGCGCCCCUACAUGCACACUCUUAAGGCACGGAUUACGCAUUCAUCCACAACCCCUUUCGACUCUUCCCGACCUGACGAAGAAAAAAUCAUUAUGGACAUGUAUUACCAGCCUGCGAUCGACCGACACCGCGGCACACAACUUGAACUCCUGCUCAACGUGCCACCCCUCACCACCGUCUCUCUAACUUAUGCCUUUGAAAAGUCCAUUCUUCGGUAUACAGAAUACCCCCCCGAUGCAAAUCGUGGAUUUAACAUUCCUCCUGCGAACGACAAGCUUGUUAUUGCCAUUGCCAACGCCUGA